UGGUGACCAAAAAACAAAAAACAAAACAAAAUCAGAUGAAAAUGAAUGACAACUUAGACAACACCGACGAUGAACUGAACGGCUUGAAGGCCAUCGAAAGACAAUUGUUGGUCGAUUUGACACAAGAAUUGGCCAAAGAGUUGGGCAAAAAAAAGAUAUGCAAACGAGUGGCCAAACUUGAAAAGUUGGCCAACAAAAUCAAUGAGACAACCAUCAGAACCAUUGAGCAAUUAAGCGAAGACCGAAUCCAACAAAUCCAGACUGAAGUCAUGCAAAGUGUGGCCAUCAAUGAUAAUGUCUUAACCAAUACCCAAGUGAUUAGUGAAGCUUUCGAUGAUAUCAUACAAAAACAGAUGAAGAUUGAAGAUAUCAACGAUGAGAUUGUCGAAAAACAAAUCAAUUUGAAUGCCAUCAGAGCGGAGACGUCGCGUUUAAGACGUUUGGAUCAAGUGAUGACUACUAACUUACCGAAAGGUGUGAUCAAAGAUACGAUUAAGUCUUACCUGAGUUAA